CACGAAUAACGACCAUCACUGGGCCUAGAAUGCUAUUUCAAUUGGAUAAACUACCUCUCAAUCAAACGGAAUUGCCGGAGAACAACGCUAUGGCUCGCCAGAGUACCCCGGCACAGGGCCAUGGGGGCCGAGAUUUAUUCGAGAUAUGAAGGUCGUUUAAUUUGUCCGAACUACAUUAUCAGCGGGCAUUCUCUUCUUCCACACAAGGAUAGUUUUGUUUCUUUCACAAGACCGUUGGACCCUUUCACUCUUUUUAAGUGUCAUUCGUUCAUGAUCAUUAAUUGAAGGUGCAAGAUGGUCGCGAAUGCUAAUUAUGGCACGGAGAACGCUCCGGACAAUACAACGACCCUACCAGAUGGGUUCACCCCGGUCGCGAAUGGGCGCGAAAUCACAACCGACGAAGAAAGCCCAUUGCUGUCGCAGCCAGAUAGUCCGGACCCCAAGAAAAAUUCUUUGGUGGGCGUGGGCACCGUAAUCGCGGUUCUCUUGCUUGGCGAGUUCGUUUCCAAUGCCGAUGCCACACUGGUUAUGGCCGCCGCUGGCCACAUUUCCUCCGAAUUCAAUCGACUACGCGAUGCGAGCUGGCUCGCUACUGGAUAUAUGCUGGGGCUUUGCGCCGUACAACCGAUGUACGGCAAAUUGAGCGACAUUUUCGGUCGCAAGCCUCUUCUUUUGGUGUCAUACUUCUUGUUUGGACUUGGUUGCAUUAUAAGUGGCGUUGGUUCCCAGUUGUGGGUGGUCAUCCUUGGCCGUGCGAUCAGUGGCAUGGGAGGCGGCGGGUGCAUGACCAUCAGUUCAGUGAUUAUCACGGAUAUUGUCCCUAAGCGCGAAGUCGCUACAUGGCGAGCCUAUGUCAACAUCUCCAUGACGCUUGGUCGCAGCAUCGGCGGCCCUUUGGGAGGAUGGCUCAGUGACACUAUCGGUUGGCGAUGGCUUUUCAUUCUCCAAACGCCGCUAUUUAUCAUCGCCGCUAUCCUGGUAAUCGUCAAGCUCCAGGUUGAUCAACCAUCAAGUUCUGGCAAGCAGAAUACUCUAUCUCGACUUCGCAAAAUCGACUUUUUGGGAAUCGCACUCCUUGGCACAUCCAUUGUAGCCGUCACAGGUCUACUAGACCAAGGUGGAAAGUCCUUCCCUUGGAGAUCAUGGGUGACUGUGGUAGCCGGUGGUGGUGGACUCUUGCUGCUAAUUUCAUUCGUCCUCGUCGAAGCAUAUGUCGCCAAAGAUCCCAUUUUCGACUUGCGCAUCCUGCGCCGGCCCAAUGUGGCAGCUAGCUAUGUUAUUGGCACACUGCAAGUCACGGCACAGCUGGGCAUGAUGUUCUCGAUUCCACUGUACUUCCAAGUAACGCAGCGCGCCUCGGUCACAGCGGCUGGAGGGCAUUUGGUUCCCGCUGUGAUCGGUAACACGUUGGGUGGGCUUCUUGCCGGUGGAUUCAUUCGUCGUACCGGCCACUACAAGGUUCUGCUUGUUGUAGCAAGCUUAGUUGCGUCGAUUUCAUAUGUCCUGCUCUAUCUUUGUUGGAAUGGACAUACCGGGUUCUGGGGAUCGCUCGACAUCAUUCCUGGCGGCCUGGGUACCGGUAUUGCUGGAGCAGCAGCCUUCGUUGCCAUGACCGCUUCAUUGCCGGUCGAGGAGAUUGCCAUGGCCACAUCUGUUUAUAUGCUGCUCGUCAGCUUCGCCAUGACAGCAGGUGUCACGAUCUCCAACAACGUCCUGGGUCUUGAAUUUCAACGACAGCUUCGUGCGAACCUUCACGGGCCCGGCUCGGAGACGAUUAUCAAACGAGCAAUGGCCGAUACCGAUUACAUCGCCCACCUAACUGGCCACCUGAGAGACGUUGUGGUUGACUGCUACCUAGCAGGUCUGAAUCAUACCUAUCUUGUUUCUCUCGGUUGUUCUCUUGUUGCCGCAUUCUUUGGCUUAUUUAUUCGACACCACCAACUAUAA